AGUGGGAGCGGAGGCAGUCGAAGAGGAAAUUCGCAAACCGUUGGAGUCUCUCCCAUAGUUUGUGCUUGGAUACAGUCAUUGCAGAGCAUUUAUUUGAAAUACAGCAGGGGCUAAUAUGGCGACGUUGGGACCAGACCCUCGUCCCCAUUCCCAGCUCGCUUCUGCCUCGAUACAAAGUAACAUCAGUGGCAAUAACCUGCCUCCCAACCGCGGCUUGGAAAGAGCGUUGGAAGAAGGAGCGAACUCCGGGUUUUUGAACCUCAGCGCCAGGAAACUCAAAGAAUACCCCAGGACAGCAUCUAACUACGACUUAUCAGAUACGGUGGAAGCAGACCUGUCGAGGAAUCGUUUGGCGGAGGUCCCCUUAGAGGUGUGUCACCUGGUUGCCUUGGAAAUGCUGAACCUCUAUCACAACUGUAUCAAGACCAUUCCUGACACCAUCAUCAACCUACAGUCACUCACCUCCUUAAACCUCAGUCGGAACCAGCUGUGUGCUCUGCCAGCCUCCCUAUGUGGGUUACCCCUACGAGUCCUCAUUGCCAGCAACAACAAACUGGUGUGUAUACCUGAGGCCAUCGGACAGCUCAGGAGCCUCAUGGAGCUGGAUGUGAGCUGUAAUGAGAUCACUGCUCUGCCCCGUCACAUCGGCCGACUCAAGGCCCUCCGAGAACUCAACGUCCGCAGGAACCUGCUCUGUGUCCUACCUGAAGACUUGGCGGAGCUUCCCCUGGUGAAGUUUGAUUUCUCCUGUAACAAGGUGUCCACCAUCCCAGUGUGCUACAGGAAAAUGUCCCAGCUUCAGUCACUACAGCUGGAGAACAACCCCCUACAGAGCCCACCUGCACAGAUCUGCAUAAAGGGAAAAGUACACGUAUUUAAGUACCUGAGCAUCGAGGCGUGUCGGAGUGACAAGAUGCCUGACUCUCUCUACCUGCCUGUCAUGGAGCGCCUCAGCCUAUCACGCCCCACCACUGGCAGCACGGAGGACAUUGACCAGAAUAAGAAACAGGACACUGACUCAGGAGUUGGCAGUGACAACGGGGACAAGAGACUGUCUGCCACCGAGCCCUCAGACGAGGACAGCUUGAGUCUCAAUGUCCCCAUGUCCCACAUCACAGAGGAGGAGGGGCUAAGCAAAGACGACUCCAGCGAACACAUCAGCGCUCUCACAGUGGACCCCCAUGGGGACGGGGUGCAACUGAUAGAGGAGAGCCCCACUGAGGCCCUGAAGGAACAGUUUGGCUACAGAGACUCUUCUGCUCUCAGCAACUGCUUUGUCAGCUACAUCAAGGGACGGGCGGCAGACUACGACGAGCCCCUCAGGAUAGAAGAAGAAACACACUGGGCCUCUGAACAGACGUCAAAGGUCACAGAAGGAACACACAUUGCCAUGAUCAACCAGCUGAAGGAGGCUGUGGAGCUACUACAAGACCCUAACAGAGUGAAUAUGGAAACAGAGGACCUGUCUGGAAUUCAGCUCUACCCUGUUGAGAUGGUCAUGUUGGAGGACACUCUCAAUGGCCAAGGCAGUGAAGGACAAACCACACCCAAGUGGGACACUCCCGAAGGAUGCUUUGAGUUCCAGAAGAAACGAGAGUUGAUUCUAGAGAGGGCCAGGCUGGAGGCCCAGCUUGCAUGCCAACAAUAUGAGACACAUAUGUCCAACCAGGGAGAAGACAGAGUUCCAGGCAGCGGUCCCACGUUUACCACCCCUGCCUUUGGGCUGAAGCCCCGUUCUGCCCCCGCCUCACUGCCCUGCUCGCCCCCGCUCUGUCUCCGCCCCCUCCUCACACAGGCCCUGUCCAUCGAUAGAGACACUCCCCCUAGACCAGGCGAUGGAGGCAUGCACAGCAGUGUAUUCCUGAGGACCCAUAAGAGCCUGGAGUCUGUUGACCCUCAGUUCACUAUGAGGAGGAAGAUGGAACAGCUGAGAGAAGAGCUGGAGCUGAUGGAACAACUCAGAGACAGCAUAGAGAGCAGACUGAAGGUGGCUCUUCCUGAAGACCUAGGCUCCUCCCUCAUGGACGGGGUGGUGCUAUGCCAUCUGGCCAAUCACAUUCGCCCACGCUCCGUGGUCAGCAUCCAUGUGCCCUCGCCUGCUGUGCCCAAACUCAGCAUGGCCAAGUGUCGGCGGAACGUAGAGAACUUCCUGGAUGCCUGUAGGAAAAUGGGCGUUCCUGAGUCUUCCCUCUGCUCAGCUUAUGACAUCAUCCAGUGUCACCUGCGGCCGAUCCGGGUCACCGUGUGCGCCCUGGUCGCCAUGGAGACCCCCACAGAGGGGCGGGACUCAGACAGACAGGGAGAGGUCCCAAACCCAACCCCUGCCCCCGAGGCUUCUACACAGGUGGCCCAGGCUCCGCCUCCAGCAUGGCAGCCGUGGGAUCUGAUUUGCUCGAGCCUGUUACACAUGUUCUGUCUUCUCCUGCUGUUUGUGGCCUAUAGCUGGAGUGAGCUGACGUAACACUACCUGUCAAUCUCCUGUCAAAGCCCGCCCUCCUCUCAGCCCUGCCCUCCGCAUGUGCCAACACUUCUCCUCCCCAAUCCUCCUCUUUUUCUUCAACCUCUUGUUUCUGUGCUCUUCUCCUCUGUCUGAUUCACACACACAAGUGUCUCUCAUACACAGUUGCAUUCAUGCACAGAUUGCAGAUGCGCACCAUUAAACUCUAAUAAAUACCGACUCACAACCUCACACACAUGCAUUCGUAUACUGUCCCCACCAAUAAUGCACAUUCCAACUGUUGAAAAGAAUCCUGGAGCUUGUACACAAAAGUUACCUGAAGUCUCUCUACAACUCUUUGGCCAAUGCGUCAAGUCAAGCCUGUCAUGUCCGACUGUUCUUUUUAUUAAUGCCCUCCGGGGACACAGACACUGAUUCCCCAUGUGGUCAUACGGUCUCUUGGUUCCAUACAGCUUGUCUAGUUUGGGUCCAGUCCAGGUAAGCACAGAGCACUAGUAGAGCUCCUCCAUCAUGCUGGAUCUUGGAGCUUUUUUGUUGCAUUGGUCAGUCUCUUCAAGACUCCUCAAAUACAUUAUAUCAACUGUAUUUACACCUGUACGUCUGUUUGAAGGAAAUGGCAACGCUCAGUAGUAAUGCCAUCCAUGAGACAACGACACAACAAACAGUGUAUAGGUUUGGACCUAAUAAACACACCACUUAUGACUAGACUGUAAAAUGUCACACGGCACACUGUCACUAAAUAAAGUUCAAUAAUCACAUCACUACUGCACCUCUCUACCACUCUACGUUACUCUCGUUCUAAUAUAGUGUAUUUACCCUGGGGUAGUUACAUGACUACGGUUCAGUAUGUAUACUUUUUGGCCCAACUGUUGUACUAUUCUGUCUAUUCUGUCAGGCCAUAUAUUACGUUUCUUAUUUUAAAACCCCAAGAGGGUACAUUGGAUGGAAGUUUGGAAGUUUUAUUUUACCCAACUUUCUUACUCCCAAGCACCUGGACUGAAUACAAGGUGUGAAAAGAUCCAUCAUUUCUAAACAUACAAACCAUUUGCACAUGCAAUAUUUCAGAACGGACUAAUCUGGAGGUCUUAUGUUGAAGGGCUAGUGAAUAUGAUAUGUGUUCAGUAAUAUGUGAACUGUACUAGAAGCUCAUUCCUUUAAAUGAGAACUUUGAUACUUUGAGGCCAGCAGUGCUGCUACUGUCCAUUGAUUGAUGUAUGUAUGUAUGUCUGUAGUUGAAUUUAAAGCAAUGAGGGUUAACCUUCUUUUCUGACUUAAUUUAAAAGCCAUGGAUGUAGUGUCCACAAUUUCCCCCAAACCGUCCAUCCGUUUCUAUCCAUAUUUCCCUUUUAACUCUGUUAGCUUAUUCACUGUUGUCAUGUCAACCUUGCCAGCGACUAUAUUGGAGUGCAAUUGGUUCGCCAUUACUGUAUACUAUUAGUUGGCUGUGUUUUAACUCAUAGUCAGUGCUGAUUUUGAUGGACCUUGAGACUUUUUCUGACUUGUAUAUCUGAUGGUGUGAAUGGAACUGGUAAUAAAUGUACAGUUUGGGGUUAUUCUAUUCGGUCUCUGUGUUGCUGUUCUCUGAAGGAGGAUGAUGAAUUAAGUGCUGUUUCUUCAUAUAGGUUAUUCAGCAUACUUCCACAUACACCUGUACUGUCUGUAUGUUCACUCAUCACCAUAGUUGCAUUGAGGUGUCUUUUUGAUUGACUUGUUUUUUUCUGCCUCCUCGUCUCUCUCUUUAUGUCCCACUCACUAUCUCCGCUCCCUCCUCCCCUGACUCUCGCUCCCUCCUCCCCCCACUCUCGCGCUCUCUCGCUCUUUCUGUGUGUGGAACCUCGACAGGAUAAGCUGUGUUUGCCUCAUCACAUACUAGAGGAGAAGGGUAUGAUCAAGGUGAGCGUGACGGUCCAGGCGCUGGUGGAUGAGACCUCAACCAAGCAGGCUCUCUUCACGUGAGAGGGAAGGAGACCAACCUAUAGACAGACACACACCACUUAGUCUGGGGUUCAUUUUGUCAAAGUGACGAACACCGUUGCCAUUGUACCUCCUGAAAUAGUAUUUUCCAAGGACCUGUAGCCUGUAUCGCAGUCUUCCUUUCGUCAUUCUUACAACCAUGGUUUCAAGUUAUAAUGUGAUGCAUGGGGUGCCCUAAAACACAGUAGUGGGGUGUACUAAUGUGGAUAUUCGAAGCUGACAGAGGUGUCCACAUGGAUGAUUUUUAAUUCUUACAGGAGUGCCCUGGUUUGUUAUGGGAGCCUCCAGUACCCUUGGACACUCCUGUAGCUUGAUCCCUGCCUACAACAACUUCUAGCAUGCUGCACUGUGUAUGAUUGACUAUGCAUUUCAUGGGCUGUCAGUUUCUACCCCUCUAUUUCUAAGGCCAGGUAUUAUCACCCUCACUAAUUUCAGACUAGACACCUAACACUCCAACAUAGCGGUCUCUCUGCUACAGCUUCCCUAUUUAAAGAUAUUUAUAAUAAAUAUGGCCACGUGGUUGAGAGUUGUAUCCAUUGAAAAUAAUCCCCAAAAUAUUUUUCUCUAAUAGCUAAUAUAUUUUAGGUAUAGUUCUGUAUACUGUAUGUUUUACUUUGAAUUUGUCUCUCACCUCGUCUGUAGAGGUUGAAAUGUUGUCCUAAGAUUGUGGGAACCUGGUGUUUAUGAAUUGGAAUCUGUGGGUAUGUAACUCAGAGGAGGUUGUGGGCUUACUACACUGUUAUGAUCCAUUCCCUAGACUGCUUAUUUGUCAAUGGUAUUACUUGCGUGUGUGUGUGUGUGUGUGUGUGUGUGUGUGUGUGUGUGUGUGUGUGUGUGUGUGUGUGUGUGUGUGUGGUGUGUGUGUGUGUGUGUGUGUGUGUGACUGCAUGCGUAAGAGACAGAAGAAAAGAGUUAGAUGGAAUGAAAAAGAGCGAAUGAAUGGGUUUGUAUGUCCUAGUACAUUCUAUACUGCUAAAUAGCCUUGAAGUGUCUGGGGAUGCUGACCAUGUCAGGUGGUCAUGUAGGACCAGCAAAGUAACUGAAAUGCAUUCACUGAUUUAGAGACACUGUUGGCAGCAUCUGAAGAGUAGUGCUUGAGUGCCCAAAAUCCUACUACUACACAAACAGCAGAACACUCCAAUAUAAGCAUACUAGGUGUGUGUGUGUGUGUGUGUGUGUGUGUGUGUGUGUGAGCGGUGGUGUUUUUUUUUUAUUGUACAGAUAUAAUGCAUUUUCUACAGCUUGGUAUCCAAAGCUUAAGCUUAGCAGUAAAAUCAAACACAAUGUUUCACUGGAUAGAUUUGACAGUUGCCAAAACAACUAAACAGUUUUUUUUUCAGAGCCACUUAUGAUCUAAUGUCUUUAGUAUGGUAAUAUCUUUUUUUAUGAGAAGUGGUAAUGUGAAGCUGUAAUGUGAUGAUGGUUUGUGCAAGUGGGUUUCGUAUUUAGAAAGUAUUUCUAACUUUAUUAAUAGUAUUUCUUUUAAUUAUUUUUGUUAAACUAACAGUCACUGCCAUACAUAAUCAGCCACACUUCUCAGGCAAAGUGAACCAUCUCUUAGAAUCAGGAUCUGGAGUGAUCUUGUUAACAUAGCUAUAAUGCAAAGUAAUCAUAUUUACAACAGUACGACAAUUCAUGUACAGCUAACUGCCAAAACCGCUUCAAUACACUUAAUGCGCCUUAGCUGGAACUCUUGGAGGGAUGCAAUGCCAUUCUUCCACAAUUUGGUGUUUUGUUGAUGGUGGUGGAAAACGUUGUCUCAGUCGCCUCUCCAGGAUCUCCCAUAAGUGUUCAAUUGAGUUGAGAUCUGGUGACUGACACACACACACACUUAAAAUGAUGGGCAACUGGGAAUUUUUCUACAUACAUGACCCUAAGCAGGAUGAGAUGUCUUAAUUGCUUAAUUAACUCAGGAAUCACACCUGUGUCGACACACCUGCUUUCAAUAUAUUUCGUAUCCCUCAUUUACUCACGUGUUUCCUUUAUUUGAUCAAUUACCUGUAUAUAAUGUAGCUUAUAUUUAAAAUAAUUCACAAUGCAUAAAAAAUAUUUUUUUAAAUAUGCACAUUAAUGCUACUUUAAUACUCAAAGUAAUUGCCUUUCCACUUAGCUAAAUAUAACUACUAACGGGUAAAAUUACCAGUAUCCCCUUCUCCCAGUUCUAACGUUUCCUUCAAUAUUUGUAUGAUCGACCAGAGAGAUGUGGAGACUGAAGGGAAAUGUGACAGGGAUAUUUGUUAAGAGAAAGUUGCUGUGUAGUUUGUUUCACUUUUAGUCAUUAUGGAGGUUUGGGCCCUGCGCUGCAAACCUUUUUAGAAUCUUAACGAGGGGACUUUACAUGAAAAGAGAUCAUUACUUUACUAUUCAUUGAUUAGUCAUUCAAUCCUUUUGACCUUUUGGGAGGUUGAUGUUUAUUGUCAUGAAUCUUGCCCUGGAGACAGAAUUAAGGAUUUAUGCUAGAUGGGCCAGCUGCAAAGUCAAAGUUGGCUAUAUUGAAAAAAUUCAUAGGUUUUUAAAUUUAUGGUUGGGCAUUAGGGUUAGCAGUGUGGUUAUGGUUCAAAUCUGAUAUGACUUUGUGGCUGUGCCAGCUAGUGACCACUCUGCAGAGCUGCCUGCAGGGCAAGAUUCAUUACAAUAAAUGCCAACCUGUCUUUGGGAGUGGCUGUGUGGCUGCCUACAGGCCUGAAAUGAUCUGCACUUUAAAAAUAAGUAUUUAUAGUUGUUUGUUUUGGCAACUAACAAAUCUGAGCUCCAUUUUGAUUUAGAAAUGUGUGUAUGGCAUAAUAUGAAAUGAAUUUGAACUAUAUCAUUGUGAGAAAUGUUAUAACCACAGUGUAACUGUUGACUGCUGAGUGUUGAGCAGUUGUUUUCUACCUUUCUCUGUACAUAGUCCUGAAAGCGUGUACUCAGUUUUGUACUUAUGAUUGGGAGGACAUUUAUUUUAAAGUGAUGGUUUUUUUGUAUGUUUUUUUUGCAUUUUGAUGUACCAUAUACAAUUUUGUACCUUUUGUCAAAUUGGUGUAUUUGUUGUACAGCAAUUUGGAUUUGAUUGCAUGAAACACCCCUUUAACGUCACCGUAACUGCUGUGAAUACUGUAUAUAUUUCUCAUCACUUUGAGUAAAGACCUUAUCUGAAAGAAA